CUUCUACACUGUGGAUGGGAUCAAUUAGUCUGGUAAGGCAAGGCAUGUACGACACGUGUAGGCAUGUAUGUAAUGUAAGUAUCUCAACUACCGCGCGAACGACGGAUCGGGUCGCGACCCAGGAGCGGCAGUGCGGCAAGAUCAGACGAACGAAAAAAGAAAAAUCUUCAACAAAAAAGACAUUUCCAUCGAACUGGUUCACUACCCCUGAACAGGAUCGAAGACAAAUCGAGGUUGCAAUAAUACGUAGGAAAAUAGGAAAUUUUCCCAUUGAGCUGAUAAAAAUUGCCCACCGGGUCCGGUAGUCCGGUCCCGAAAUCGAAAUCGAAUCGAACCAAGCCACGCUCAUUCUUGUCUUUGAUUCAUAGAACAAUAGAAUAGGACAUGGAAUCUGCAUUACCUACCCAUCACCGCCGCCGCCGUCGUGGCCUCCAAAAUAGUCGGUAAUCAGCGGGCCAUGCAAGUCAGUUUAUUCCCCGUCGAUUUUUCGAACGAUAUUCCCUCCGCCAUCCCAUCCCAUCCUUUCAACCGCUUCUUUAUUCUUUGCAUAUACCACGUUGCGAGCCUGUCACGCCUGUAUCACGUACCGCCCUAUGAGGCUGUAGUUUCCAGCGCUUCGAAUGUACCUAUCACACAGAUAGUAGUAGACGGAAUACACAGACCUUAUAGGGCUGGGGGCAAGGUACACCAUCCACCAUCCACCGUCCCAUCUCCCCUCCCCCAAUUCCAUUACAAUUCCAAAUCCAAGUCCACAACAAGUGAAAGAAAACACAGAAAGAAGUUCGCUCUGUCAUCUCUACCAAUACUACUUACAUACUGCAUAUUCGACAUGCACUUCGACUCAUCCUAUCCCCCCAAUCCCCCCAUCAUUGGCCGCCUUCUCCCCUCGCACAUAAUACAUGUAGGCCAAAGUCGCAAUAUUGGAGCACCCAGUCCCAGUCUACCAGCAGCGUCACAUUUGAUUACCACCACCCAUCAACUCCCACCGAUUUUUAUCUUUCCUUUCCAUUCCAAUACCACUACCACCCCUAACCAACCUUCCAUACAUACAUUCUAUCAAUCCGGCCGAAAAGGAACUGCAACAAAGAAGCCAUGAAAAAUUUUCAUCUCUCUUCUUUCAUUAAUACAUUUUCGAAAGAGAAGGAUUUGCCUAGUACCUACCUACCUACACACAAUACCAUCCCGCGUCCAUGUAGCACGAAAUGCACGUCACUUUCAUAAAACCUACCUACCUACCCACCCAACCAAUCCCAGCCUUGUAAAAGGGGAGCGGGUACGGGCCAUGCACAUCUCACCACAUCUGCUACUAAGUAUAGAAACAAGCUUAACAAACCACCACAUGCAAGACCCGCAACCACAUGCUCUGAUACUACAGAAACCUUCUAGAAACGUUUUUGUAAGGGUCCUUUUGUAUUAUUAUUUCUUCUGUUACCGCCAAUGCGCCCUGGUCCGCAUCCCAGGAGUCUGGGUUUGUGAGCGGGCAACUUGCAUACAGAGAAAAAGAAAAAAAAUUAUGUGCCGUCCAACCACAUGGUCCACUGUCGUACAAAGGCCUUUCUUUGUAAUUUUUCUUUUCUUCCCUUCGGAAACAUGGAGCCAACCCCCC